UUAUUCUAUGAUUCUUAAAUUCAAAUAAAAAACGUUAACAGCAGUCUGAAAAUAAAUGCUCAAAAAUAGCGAGAAAAAUGAAUACACCAUACAAGUCGACACCGUAUGCCUCAAGAAAACUAAGGAAGGAGAAAACAACCCUUUCUGAUGGAAGUUCAGACAGUGUUAAAGAGCCGGUUCGUGUAUUUUGCAGAUUACGUCCUUUGAAAGACGAUGAAAGUGACGAGUCCUGCAUUACGUUGGUUUCCCCGACGGUAUUGUCACUCAACUCUCCCGUUGAUCCCAAGUAUUUACCUCAAAGAGAGCUACACUGUCAGUUCAAACAAAUUUUCACGUCUUAUGCCACCCAAAAGGAAGUGUUUGAGUUUGUGGCAAUGCCUCUACUUCAAGAUUUAUUCAAGGGUAAAAAUGCGUUAUUGUUAAGCUACGGCGUGACUGGUUCAGGCAAGACCUAUACUCUAUCUGGUGAAUCUAAUAACCCAGGGAUAAUGCCUAGAAGUAUCGACACCAUUUUCAAUACAAUCGAAGAACUUCAAGCACCAAAGUUCACCAUUAAACCUGAUAAAAUGAAUGGUUUCUUGAUUCAGUCUGAAGACGAGGCAGCUCAAGAGAGACUUUUAGAAAAUAAACUUGGAUCUAAGACUCUAAAAGGUAAAAAUACCAGAAGAGGCAUGGGUGAUCAACCUCAGUAUGUUAACGAUGGAACAAGGAUAUCUGAUAUCGAUGAAAGUUGCUCCUAUGCGGUCUUUGUCAGUUAUAUAGAAAUAUAUAACAACACUGUUUAUGAUCUACUAGAGGAAUCAAACACUAAGAGUUUGCAACCUAAGAUAUUGAGGGAAGAUACGCAGAAAAAUAUGUAUAUCAUUGGAGUCACUGAAGUUGAAGUGAAAUCUGCCGAUGAAGCUUUUGAAGUUCUUAGUAUUGGACAAAAGAAGAAGAGAAUGGGACAUACUCUACUCAAUUCUGAAUCUAGUCGUUCUCAUUCUGUGUUCAAUAUUCGUUUGGUUCAGAUGGAACAAGUAGCUCACAAUAGCAAAGGUAUGGAGGUCGUACCUGAUUCUAACCUCAUAAGGGUAUCUCAGUUAAGUUUAGUUGAUUUGGCUGGCUCUGAAAGAACAAAUCGUACUCAAACCACAGGAAUGAGAUUGAAAGAGGCUGGUAGGAUCAACAAUUCACUCAUGUGCUUGAGGAACUGCUUGGAAGUUCUAAGGGAAAACCAACUCACAGGUUCCAAUAAGUUAGUGCCCUACCGGGACAGCAGAUUAACUUUCCUCUUCAAGAACUUCUUCGAAGGAUAUGGUAAGGUAGAAAUGAUUGUUUGCGUUAAUCCGUCCAUUCAUGAUUACGAGGAGAAUUUGCAAGUAAUGAAGUUCGCUGAGAUGACCCAAGACGUCAAAAUUAAGAGGAACGAAUACAAAGGUACCCCCAUUCCUCGUAAAACACCGAAGAAAAUUUUCAACACAAACACACCUGCAUCUGCAAGUAAAAUCAAAGCGACUUCCGCAUUCACUCUACCGAAAAUACCGACCUACAGCUUCGAACCUGAUAAUUUCGACGAGAUGGGUGAGAAAAUCGAGCAAAUCGGUAAAAUUCUGAAACUGAGAAGUUCAAGGAUGGAGAAUUAUUUCUGCGAAUUGAAUAAUAAAGAGAAGAAUUUCAGGAAGAGGCUGUGCGGGUUGAAUGAGAGUAACGUGUUGAACAUUUCGGAAAUGAAGAGUUUAAAAACAAUAAUUAAGAGAAAUAAGGAGGAAACUUACAACUUGAAGAAUAAAAUCGUAGAUCUGGAGACUGUCAACGAUAGUCUGGCGUCCAAAAACGAAGAACUUCAAGACGUUAUCAGAUCUUUGAAACGAACCAUAGAUGAGAAAGACUUGAAGAUUAACCAAAAAAUCCUGGAGAAAGAGAAAGUUAAGCAAAAGUUCGUUAUAGCAAACGAGAAAAUGUCUCAAGAAUUAGAUAGCAAGCUGAGAAAACAAAGGGAGCAUCUGCAGGCUUCUAUGAAAGCCAAAGAUAAUAAGUUGAAACGAGUGAGAGAAAUUUUGGAGAGCGACGAAGCCUUCGAAGCACGAUCUGAACAAGGGGAGAAGGAAAAAGAAGUAGAGUCUCCACCACGUGAAAUACAGCCGGUAUCUUCUCCUCCAAUAUGUGAUAUACAAACAAGCAAUAGGAGAAACAUUCAAACUCCUGGUGGGAGACAUAGACGUUCAAGAUCUGCCGGAGAAGUGUGGUUGGAGCACAACUCGAUCAAACCUGUACCACUUGGCACCGUUUUGCAGCCUUCAGUGAAAAAACGUAAGUCGCUGACGAAGUUAACCAAAGCCAGCGAUAUAACCAACCCUAAUCAGAGUAAAUACUGCCUGAUCGCUCAAGAUCAAGAUACCGAAGGUGAGAUCGAAACUAAGGUAUAUAAAGGGGAUAUUGUACCGACUUGUGGCGGAGGCGCCCAAGUCAUCUUCAACGAUGUAGAACUAUUGAAGCAGAAAAGUCCAACAGCAACUCCGUGAUGUGUUGAGUUACCUCCAAAGUUCUUCCUUCUUUUUCGUUAUAUUAUUGUGUAAUAGGUUAUGGCUUUAGUUUUGUUUUUUAUUUGACAUGGAAAGUUUUUAUAUUUAUGAAUUCAUUCAUUCUGGAACGUUUGAAUUAUAUUUAUCCAUAAGCUGUCAAUUUACGGCUGAGUUUCAAAUGACUUGGAAAAAGUUCUUAUAUCAAGGUUUUCUUGGAGAAGCAUGUGAUAAUUUUGGGUACGAAACGUACUUUAUUCUGAAGAGAAAAUUUAUUUAUUUUCAUCAGGUUUUGGAACUGAUAAAACAAAUAUAUUCAUACAUUUUC